UUUGUGUAAACGAACAUUGUUCUCCAGCAAGAAGACCUCAGUUAAUCUUGUACUAGACUCCCUUCUGUUGCUACAAGGUUCCUCUGAGUAAAGAGUAACGGAAUCCGUCAUCAUGAAGUGGUACCUUGCCCUCUUGGUCCUCGGAAUGGUUUGCAUGGCCCAGUGCAACAUUUACGACCAACCUGAAGAGGAGCAGAUCAAGAAAUUAGAGAGUCUUCUGCUGAAACUCCUUCAGCAUAGGCCACGACCUGUCAUCCAGAUCAACGAGCAAUUGCACAUCAGGGCAUCCAAGUGUUGUCACGCUGUGCCGAUGAUGGACUGCUGUACCCCUACCGACUGCUGUACAUUGGGUUUGGAAUCCUGUUGUGAAUAGAUCGUCAACAGCGCGGCAUAAAACGUGGUGGAACUCCGCGCGGAAAUGAAGAACAGAAGAUAUAGAUUAAAAAAAAAGAGUAUCAUUUGGUUUUGUUUUUUUCGAAGAUGCGGUUUGUUAUAUGAAAUUUUGAGUAUUUGGUGUUGAUUCAAUGGAAAGGAAUAGAUUUUGGUAUUCUAUGAUAUCGCCUUCAAAGCCAUCCGGUUAUGUAUUCAUUUAGAUUGAAGAAAGAGUUUAUUGUGUAAUUUCUGAUAAAUAUAUAUAAAUGACCAUCAUGCUAUCAGCGGCAUUUCUACAUUAAAAAACAUCGAUAACAGGAA